AGCUCGCUGUCCUUCUCUCUCGUCGUCCUUCUCCCUCCACAAACCCCUCCCCUAAUAACGCAUUCUCUCCUUCCAGCGACUGCAACUCCGAUCCCUAUUCGACCGGGAAACGCUCAUUGAACCAUCUCGCAACAUAAUUCUCAAUACUCUCUUAAUCUCUUCAGCAGUCUGCGACCUUCAGCGGUCGCUUAUCGUGUGUCACAAUGGGCGGUUCCGUGUCUAAGAUAAUGGGGAAGAUUUUCGGCACCAAGGAGAUGCGAAUCUUGAUGCUGGGUUUGGAUGCUGCUGGAAAAACCACAAUUCUUUACAAGUUGAAACUUACAAAUCAGGAUGUCACCACGAUCCCCACCGUCGGUUUCAACGUCGAGAGCGUUACAUAUAAGAAUGUCAAAUUCAACGUCUGGGAUGUCGGUGGUCAGGACAAGAUCCGUCCGCUGUGGAGACAUUACUACUCCGGUACACAAGGUCUGAUCUUCGUCGUCGACUCUAGCGACACUGCUCGGAUGGAAGAGGCUCGCUCGGAGCUUCACAAGAUCAUCAAUGAUCGCGAAAUGAAGGAUGCCUUGCUCCUUGUCUUUGCUAACAAGCAGGAUGUCCAGGGCCAUAUGAGUCCUGAAGACGUCACUCAGGCACUGCAACUCAACAAGCUCAAGGACAAGCUGUGGUAUGUUGCGCCCAGUGUUGCAACGGAGGGUACCGGUAUCUUUGAGGGUCUUGCUUGGCUCUCCAACAACGUCAAGACCCAACCUCAGAAAUAGAUUAUUCGCACGCCGGCCGCCAAACCCCUGCAGUCGUGAAUCGGAGGCUAUUCCAAUGCCCCAUCUCGUGUACAGCAUGCUCCAUUCCACCUACACCG